CGAUGAGCCCCCUCCCCGUUCAUGAUACCAUGUAGCUGGUUGCCGGGCAACCCCAGCCGCUGGUUGCUGAGGCAGGGCGCCGGCCCCGCCCCUAGGCAUGCUGCAUCCCUGCUGACCUGGUGCGGGGAUGGAUGACUGGCUGCCGGUGAUUGGUGGACGCCGCACACAUCCCAGGGGCCGCGCAUCAGUGAGAGGUGUGCGCUUUAUACCGGGUGAUCCCAGCUGUCAUACUCAGUCUCGCUGCACGCGUACACCUGUGUAGGGGACACUUACCGCCGGGUGGCACGAUGUGGACCUUCCUGGGAGUCGCCACCUUCACCUAUGUGUAUAAGAAGUGUGAUGAGCUGCUGAGCUCCCCCCGCCUGGAGCUGCUGCUGGCCCUGCUGCUGUGCUGCACUGUGGGGCUGGUACUGUCCCUGCUCCGGUACCGGGGGCGCCUGGGGGCCGGGAAAAAGGGGAGCCCGGGCCUUCUCUCCGGGAUCUGGAAUGUGAAUGGGGUCAAACAGCAGGAGAAGCCCAGAAUGAAUGGGGCCAGGAAGAGGAAGACUGAAAACCAUCUACAUGGAGCCACGGACAGCGAUGACUGCCCCGUCUCUGGUGCCGCGGCCUGCGAUGACCCGGAAGUUAUCAUUGUGGGAUCCGGAGUGCUCGGCUCAGCAUUAGCUACAGUGUUAUCCAGAGAUGGGAGGAAGGUGGCCGUGAUUGAAAGAGAUUUGAAGGAACCAGAUCGUAUAGUGGGAGAGUUACUGCAACCGGGAGGGUACCAAGCUCUGAGAGACCUGGGUCUUGGUGAUGCAGUGGAAGGUCUGGAUGCACAUAUUGUGCAUGGAUAUGUCGUCCACGACAUUGAAAGUAAAGCAGAGGUGGAGAUUCCCUAUCCUAUGAAUGAGAAUAAACAGCUGCAGUGCGGCAGAGCAUUUCAUCAUGGUCGCUUUAUCAUGGGGCUUAGGAAGAUGGCCAUGGCGGAACCCAACACUCAAUACAUCGAGGGGACGGUCCAGCAGCUACUUGAAGAGGAUGACAUGGUACAAGGAGUUAAAUACAAGGACAAAGAAACAGGAGACGUUAAGGAACUCCGUGCACCGCUCACUAUCAUUGCUGACGGACUCUUCUCCAAGUUUAGAAAGGAUCUAAUCUCAGGAAAUGUCACAGUGUCCUCUCAUUUUGUUGGAUGCAUUUUAAAGAACUCACCGCAGUUUAAGGCCAAUCACGCUGAGCUCGUCCUGGGCAAUCCAAGCCCUGUCCUCAUCUACCAGAUAUCAUCCAACGAGACACGAGUCCUUGUCGACAUCAGAGGGGAAAUGCCCAAGAACCUGAAGGAGUACAUGCUGGAAAACAUUCUCCCCCAGCUCCCUGACCAUCUGAAGGAUCCGUUCCUGUUUGCUGUUGAAAAUGAUCGAUUGAGGACAAUGCCGGCCAGUUUCCUGCCACCUUCACCUGUAAAUAAAAAAGGUGUUUUGCUGCUGGGAGAUGCGUACAACAUGAGACACCCGCUGACCGGUGGUGGGAUGAGCGUUGUACUGAAUGAUGUAAAGAUUUGGAGGGACCUUCUACAGGAUCUGCCGGACCUGACUGAGCACUCACAAAUGCUGCAGGCCAAGAAGACGUUUUACUGGUCAAGGAAGAAGUCCCAUUCGUUUGUAGUGAAUGUCCUGGCCCAGGCCUUGUAUGAGCUCUUUGCUGCUACAGACGACUCCCUGUACCAGCUGAGAAGAGCCUGCUUCCAUUACUUCAAACUAGGAGGAGAAUGUGUGGCCGGCCCCAUAGGGCUUCUGUCUGUGUUGUCCCCCAGACCUAUGCUGCUUAUCGGACAUUUUUUCGCUGUCGCUUUUUAUGCCGUCUAUUUCUGCUUCAAGACGGAGCCCUGGCUGACGAAGCCCCGCGCCUUGGUCAGAAGCAGCGCCGUCCUCUACAGGGCGUGUUCUGUCAUCAUCCCUCUCAUAUACUCAGAGAUGAAAUACUUGUUCUACUGAAUCCAGCCACAGUACGGUCUAACACUGAACACUUAAUCCUAGCUGCAGUGGGCUUAGAAUACACCUGAGAAGGUGCCUAGUGGGUUUCACCUGGUAACUAUACUGGCUCCACACUGAUCUUAUCCUGUACAGGUAGAAUGAUUGCUAUGUAUGGCAUGACUUGCCCAGCCGGAGGCGUUAGAUCAGAUGUUUUCUACAACAGGAUUCACGGUCAUGUGACACACUUACUGCUGGAAAGUGGAUGUAAAGUAAUUUCUCUAUCGUCCUAAGUGGAUGCUGGGGUUCCUGAAAGGACCAUGGGGAAUAGCGGCU